AUGCCUAAUAUUUUUAGAAGGCUCAUCUCCUGUUUAGCGUGCCAAUUGGACGACUUGCCUGCAGCACCUGAGCUCGCCUCAACCACUGAGCCCCCCAGGUCAGACAAGAAGCGUCCGGCACGUAAAAAGGGCUCCCGCUCUUCUAUUCUACCCAAUGUCCACAUACCUCUGGAGUAUGUUGCGCGCGAUGCGAAUCCUGGUGAUGCCAGAGAAGGCGAAAUUCUAGGGCGCCGUUCCUCUUACUCUGUGGGCGCUCGUCAUGAUAGCGGUGAGACACCAAAUAUCGACGCCUCGCAAGCUAACUCUGAAGCAUUUAUAGGAGUUACCCAAGAAUCACACGCACAGCCCACAGCGCCCUUGCUGCCUCCGCAAAGCAGCGCGGUCAAGGGCCGCAAGUGCCUUGUACUGGAUCUUGAUGAGACCUUGGUUCACUCAAGCUUCAAAUACUUCCCCGAUGCAGACUUUGUGAUUCCUGUGGAUAUUGAAGGUAGAACACACAAGGUGUAUGUUGCAAAACGACCGGGUGUCGACGAGUUCCUUGAUGAAGUUGGAAAGCUCUUUGAGGUGGUAGUUUUCACCGCAAGCGUUGCGAAAUACGGCGAUCCUCUGCUUGAUCGUUUGGGUCACAAGGAAGUCAUCCACCAUCGCUUGUUUAGAGAAAGCUGCUACAACUUUAAUGGAAACUAUAUCAAAAAUUUGUCCCAAUUGGGCCGACCCCUUCAUGAAGUUAUUAUCAUUGACAACUCCCCUGCAUCAUACGCUCUCCACCCACAACAUGCAGUUCCAAUAUCAACGUGGUUCAGUGACAUGAACGAUAGUGAGUUACUUGGAAUGCUCCCCUUCCUUUCCGAUCUUGCUGGAUCCGCAGUAAACGACGUCAGCGCUAUCUUGGAGGUGAUAACAGAGUAA